AUGGCAACCAAACAGCCCGCAGACCUCAUCCCAAACCCAUUCAUCAAGAAGCGGAAUCUCCAAUGGACCCUCUCUCCGCCCAAGCCCCCGAACCCGUCCUCUCCCCCAAACGCCCCAUCAUCGCCAAAAUGCAACACCACCACCAACAAACCAUCGCCACCCACCACAGCAGCCAUAGAAUCCGGCAAAGCCCACAUCGCCAACCCCCUCGCCCACUUCACAACGCAUCUAGAAAACCACGUCCUCCCCUGCCCGGCCCCGCUCCUCCCCAUCCCAAGCUACGCUUCCCUCUACGCAGGCUCUCUCACGAGCCAAUCCUCCCACUUCGUCAUCCACCAACACGACCACCCCAUCGCCGGCCUACACUACGACCUACGCCUGCAAAUCAACCCCAGCAGCAGCGUAUCCUGGGCCAUAAUGUACGGUCCCCCCGGAGACCCAAACAGCACCCGUCUCAACCGCAACGCCACCGAAACGCGUAUCCAUUCCCUCUGGAACCACCUCAUCGAAACGGCAUCCCCGCAAACGGGCUCCCUCUUAAUCUGGGACACGGGGACUUACACCGUUCUCCCCAGGAGGAGCAAGCAUGCGCCUAGAGCAGAUCCCUCCUCUCAGCCGAGUCCAGACGACGAGGAGCGUCCGCAGCAGGAGCUGCUAGAGGCGGCGUUUCACAACCGCAAGAUACGGCUUCAGCUACACGGAUCCAAGCUGCCAGAGACUUAUAUUUUGAACAUGCGGCUCACCAAGAGGGAGGACGCGGAGGGCAGGGCAAAAAGCAGCAGGGCGCCGAGGACCAAGCGCAGGAGAGUCAAACGAGCCGACCCGGAGACGAGUUCCGACUCUGGCGACGUUGCGGACGAGGACGACGAGGACGAGGAGACUACCCUCGUUCCCAAGGGUAGACAACCCGACGGCCAAGAGGUAUCCCGGAUAGCUCUAGAGGCGGAGCUGCAGGAGCUGGAAGACGCAGAGAUUCGACGAACAAAUGCCUACCCAGGCGCUUCCAACACCAUUGGUAGCAUUCACCAGAGGAAAUGGUAUCUCUCGCUGGACAGAAAAGCAUGCGGGUUCCAGGAACGGUUGCAAGGGGGCAAGACUGUUUGGCAGCUUCCGUCUACGUCGGCUUCUUCCGCCUCCACACCCGAUACAAGAGGCGAAAAAGACGCAAUGCAGAGGCUAAGCUUUCCUUUUUACGUACGAGGCGUCGAACACGAACGUAGUGUCGUGACUGCCCGAACAGGCGGGGAUAUCAUGCGUGAUGAGCGUGUUCAAGGUUUCGUACGAAGAAAGGGCUGGCUGCCAGUGUUGAAAUAG